CCAAAUUUAUAAGUGGAUGCAUGGCUUGCCUUUCUGCAAUGGUUCAAUUGGAAUUACCCCAUGUUAAUAUUCUCUCUAAAAUGGACCUUGUGACUAACAAAAGGGAUUUAGAAGAAUUUUUGGAUCCAGAACCCCGCUUUUUGUUGUCUGAAUUGAAUCAACGGAUGGCUCCUCAGUUUGCAAAGCUGAAUAAAGCUUUGAUUGAAUUGGUGAAUGACUAUAGCAUGGUGAGUUUUAUUCCACUGGACUUGAGGAAGGAAAGCAGCAUACGAUAUUGUGUUGGCCCAAAUUGAUAAUUGUAUUCAGUA